AUGUAUCCGGAUGGUGCGGAUGGCGCGGAUGGCGCAGGCACAUAUCCAGAUGGUAAAGGCAUAUAUCCGGGUGGCGCAGGCACAUAUCCGGAUGGCACAGGCACAUAUCCGGAUGGCACAGGCGGCGCAGGCAUGUAUCCGGACGAUGCAGGCGUCGCGGGCAUGUAUCCGAAUGGUGCAGGCGUCGCGGGCAUGUACCCGAAUGGUGCAGGCUGCGCAGGCACGUAUCCGGAUGUCACAGGCACAUAUCCGGAUGGCACAGGCGGCGCAGGCACGUAUCCGGAUGAUGCAGGCGUUGCAGGCACAUAUCCGGAUGACAGGGGUGCCGGCAUGUACCCUGUUGGCGUUGGCGGCAUGCCGGCGUUUUUUUAUUAUUCGAAAAAGUAA